AUGACAACCGACUCGAAGAGCCACGCCCGACCGUCGUACCUGCGGGUGUUCUACAUGUUCGCCCGGAAUAGCCUCGUGCGGGAUAUGACCUUCCGCACGAACUUCGUCAUCCAAAGCAUCUCGUCGGUGGGCUGGGUGAUGAUGAACCUGGGUUUCUACCUGCUGAUCUUCCAGUACACCCCGAUGAUUGGGGCUGACUCUGGCUGGGGAAAGUACGAGUUCUUCGUGUUCCUGGCGACGACCUUGCUGGUGAACAGCACGGUGCAGGCGUUCUUCAUGCCCAACGCCAACGAGUUCGGCGAGUUGAUCCGCAUGGGCGGGCUCGACUUUGCGUUGCUGAAGCCAAUCGAUACCCAGUUCCUCGUAUCGCUACGGAAGAUCGAAUGGGCUUCGCUGGCCAACUUCGCCUUCGGCAUCGGGCUGCUGCUGUUUUCACUCGCCCAGCUCGAUACGCAACCGACGUUGAUACAGUGUUUGCUCUACCCGGCUUAUGUGCUGUGCGGUAUCGCGAUCCUCUACAGCCUGAUGAUCACGCUGGCCAGCAUGAGCGUGUGGAUGGGCCGCAACCAGACGCUGUACGAUUUCUGGUUCUAUAUCACGACCUUCUCCCGCUACCCCAUGGAAAUCUAUCAGGGUAGAUUAGGCACCCCGUUACGUUUCGCCUUCACUUAUUUCGUGCCGAUUCUGGUGGUGAUCAACGUGCCUGCAGCGAUGAUGGCGAAACCACUGGAGGCCCAAAGCUGGCCGCUCGUUGCAUUCGCUCUGGUGGCCACCGUCGGAAGCCUGCUAAUCUCCCGCUGGAUCUUCACCCGCUCGCUGUUGAGUUACCGCAGCGCCGCUCGCACGAUUGCCGAAUUGGGCUAUCAGGGCAUCGAGCUUCUGGCCGAUGUCCCCCACGCCUGGCCGGCGGGUCUCCUGGACGAACAGAAGGAGGCCAUUCGGGCGUCACUCGAUCGUCACGGGCUGGAAAUCGCCAACAUCAACGCGUUCAUGAUGAACGCCGUAGCCGAUCCUCGUCAGCCGUACUGGCAUCCCUCGUGGAUCGAGCCCGAUCCGCACUAUCGGGCCAUACGCCGCGAGCACACAAAACGGGCACUCGAGUUGGCCGCCUACCUGGGAGCCCCCAACAUCACCACCGAGCCAGGCGGGCCGCUGGCUGAAGGUCAGAGUUGGGACGAUGCGGCCGAUAUCUUCUACGAGGAGUUCAUGCCCUGCGUCGAAGUGGCCGAACGAGUGGGUGUGAAACUGCUGAUCGAGCCGGAACCCGACCUUCUGAUCGAGCGUUUCGAUGAAUACCUGAAUUUCAUCGCGCGGAUUGACUCCGCGGCCAUCGGGCUCAACUUCGAUAUCGGCCAUGCCUAUUGCAUGAGUGAAGACCCCGAGGAGUGGGUCGCCCCCAUGGCGAAGCACACGGUUCACUACCACUUCGAGGAUAUUGCCGACACCCGGGUGCACAAGCAUCUCAUCCCCGGUCACGGCGCGAUCGACUUCGCCGCCACGCUUAAAGAGAUCGACGCCAGCGGUUACUCUGGCUGGAUUACCGUCGAGCUUUACCCGUACAUCAAUGAGCCGCACGCUGCUGCGACUGAAGCUUAUGAGUAUCUAACCCGCGUGGCGAAAGAGCAGGGCGUGAAGUUGGCAUGA